AUGGAAGGUCAGGAAUUUGAUAUCCCAGGCAAUCAAGGCCACCUCUCUGAGGAGGACGUGAAGAUCCCUGGUAGGUCCGGUCAAAUUAUCUACCAAGGAAACCCGGCCUUGUCGCUGCUCCUGUCUCCUCCACUUACCUCACCAUUGAUACCUCUGGACACAAUCAGUUCUAGUCCUCUCCACGAAUACAGCACAGCACAGCCACUUGGUCCCCGUUUCACCGGUGUGAAUGGAGCACACCCUGCUUAUGACCCGAACCGAGGAGCACAGCUCAGGAGUGCCGCGGAUCGCGCAAACCCAUACCGGGAUAGACUGGAACCAAUUGACCAUGCACGAGGACAAGAACGGACUCGCAGCAGAAGUCCUCGCCGACCGGUCCAACCCACUGACCUUCCUGAAUACCGAGAAUUACCACAAGGCCCAUUUAUGGGAUUCAAUCACUUUCCUCGGGAGUUGUAUGUCCCGCCUGGAAUCAAUGACCUGAUGCCUCAAACUCUGCCUAGCUCCUCCCCGACACUAUCUCCAAGCAACACCCAGCGUGGUCGUGGUCGUGGUCGUGAUCUUGCUCUCGAACAUCCAGGGGACUCUCCUAGACAGACUUAUCCUCUACCUGACGGCAACCCGCACGGAUACCACCACCACCACCAGCAACAAGUGCAGGAAUGUGACCCAGGACCAGAAACACACCCGGUCAACCAACAAGAGGAAGAUACCAACGACAACGACGAGGAGCACUUAUGUGAAUUUGCUGCUCCAUGUCGAAUGCAUCCUUCGCCCGAUGGAAUGCACUACCGAAAGGUCGUGUCGCACGUGUUCGGCAGAAACAAGGCCGUUACCAAGCUAUUCCCGCUCGGUGUCUGGGUCCAUUACUGCCGAAAGCACUACCAGCGUGCUCGGUAUCGUGCAGACCAAUGGCCGUUUACACAGUGUGACCUUCUGUUAGAAUCACUGAGCCGAAUGGAGAACUGGAAUGGAGUAGAGAGUUUCGAACUCAUCCUCCGCCGCCGAGAGCAAAUGCGUGUCGGCCGUGAAACCGAAGGCGCACCCACCACCGAGACCUCCAACAAAAAGGAGACUAAUGCCUCUGUCAACCAGGCCCAAGAUCAGGGCAACAACUCUUCGUGCGUCGCUACUCGACCCACAGGCCGUAAGCAUCCGACUGCCAUCAUCGCCCCAGUCCCAGGCUGGCUUCGCCAACACGUUGGUCAUGGCAAGACAUUUCAAGAGAUCCGCAGUAUUAUCGAACUGGUGCGUAACCACAUGGUCAGGCUGCGAAAUCAAGAAAGGGCGCAACAGCAGCUCAAUCAUAUUCCCAAAACUCCGAGUACACCAGACAGCCCUCGGCGAGGUGCACCUUCGAACGGCCGAAAGGGACGUAUCGCUAAACCUGCAAACCGGGACCCCCUACGCCUGCGUGCUAGCACUGUUCGCUUCCCCGAUGUUGAGAUUCUCCCCCAUUUCAAGCCAUGGGUAAAGGAGGCCGCCUUACGGCAGCGAUCUGCGACGAACUGUCCCAGGAACGAAGGGGACAUCAAAGACAAUCAGGCAGAGCAGAGAAUUUUCGGAGGGGGAUAUGUGGAUGGAGAAACCCAGGAGACCCGUGACGGCAAUGCUCGCGCCGAAUCCAUUCAGCCGACUAACGCCGAAUUUGCGACUAACAACACUACACCUUACCCAGAUCGACACCCCGAGUCCACUUCUAUGAUUGAGAUGGCUGGAACCAACCUCUCGCAGAUGCAAUCUCACAUCGGCAGGGCAGGGACCAACCGCGGCCAGUCUGAGAGCCAGCGGCGACGCAGCGAGCGCGUCUACAUUAGAGCCCUCGACCGUGUCUCUGGCCAGGGCUCCAUUAAGAAGCCCAGCAAAGAUGGCGACAAAUAA